AUGCGCGGAGAAAUGCUGUAUACCAGAAAUUUAUCAGCGAGUGAGCUGCUAACUACCGACAUAUGGACAAGUGACUCUUCUUCGCAACGUAAUGAUUUUAUUAGUUUGACAGCUUAUGGAAUCAAUGCAAAUUUUGAAUACAAAAAUUACUGCCUUGAGGUUUUGCCAUUUAAUAAACCCAAUCAUUCAGGUGAGGCUUUUCAAGAUUGGAGUAUACAAGACAGAGUUCGAGAAGUAGUUACUGAAAACGCUCCAAACAUGGGUGUCGCUAUUAGAGAGAUUCAAGAAACCUAUAAUAUUGUACCUGUCAAAUGUUUAUCUCACUCAUUGCAACUGGUAAUCAGAGACAGCCUUUUUAUAGAAGAUAAAGUGAAUGAAGUCUCAACACGCUGGAACUCGACAUUACAGGCAUUAAGACGUUUACUAGAACAACGAGUUUCAGUACAAACUUGUUUACCUCGUAUAAAUUGCAGAGUAGAACUGACAACUGAAGAAUGGAUAUUAAUGGAGGAAGUGGUGAACAUUUUGCGUUACUUCGAGGAGGCUACAAAGUCAAUAAGCAAAGCCACAGCUACGUUACCUGACGCCAUUCCGAUAAUUAACAGUCUUCGAAAAUUGUUAGAUAACAUGAGUAGUCAUUCAACAGAAAGGCAGAAUAUCUCACAAUCACAAAAGUUGGCGUCUGACCUGCUUUUGGCUCUUAAUGAAAGAUUUGAAGGUCUGGAAAAUGAAGAAAUAUAUUCCUUAGCCACAACGCUUGAUCCACGUUACAAAACACGAACAUUUCAAUUACAGUCUACUACUUCUACGACAGCUACACCUGGUACAAGUUCAGAGAUGCCUACGAGUUGUAGUCUUUGGAGCAUUUGUGAAAAUAUUAUUAGAGAGGCCGAAGAAAAUGAGCCCCUGUCCACUCUCAAUUGCAAUUCUCACAAAGAAGUCGAGAGAUACCUUAGGUCUCCUAAUAUAUCGAGACUCAGACCCGUUUGUUUUCUGGCGUAA